AUGGCGUCUUUGAGCCACCCGAACAUCUGCACCUUUGUGGGUGUUUGCACGGACAAUGUCCAGCGGAAAUGCUUCAUAAUCUCCGAGCUAAUGGAUUGCUCUCUAUUCGACAUGAUUCAUCAGCCUUACAAGCUGCGUUGGCAUGGGGAGCUGACAGUAUCCCUGUCCUUGAGCUUGGGGACUGGUAUCAUUUCAGGAAUCUGUUACAUCCAUCAGAAGAACUUGGUCCACGCUGACUUGAAGUCAUCGAACAUUCUGAUCGACUACACCUCGUCAUCCCGGCAACCUGUUCCACGAAUUUGCGACUUUGGUCAUGCAGCUGUGCCGUGUCCGAAGACCUUGAAUUUGAUCGAGUUGAAGUGUCCGGAGUACCUGUAUCCGCUGUAUCGUCCGAUGCCAUCCAUCGCCACACCAUCGCUGCGGCACACCACACUGGGCAGCUCCAGAGGUUCUCCGAUCCGAAGCGCUGAGCCCGGCUGCAGAGACCCGGCGCAGAAUUCGAAUUCGAAUCUGAUGGAAUCUGAUGGAGCAAGUGAUGAUGUGGGACACUUGACCAGAGCAUUCGAGAAAGGAACGGAAAUGCUGACGCAAAAGCUUCCUCACAAAGACAUGAGUUUCGGCCAGGUCUUAGCGUCAGUAGGCUGGGCUGGUUGGACCCCAGACAUGAGCCAAUUGCCGGAGCUGCCGAGAGAGGUGGCACGACUCAUCAAGGAAUGUCUCCGUUUUGCCGCCGCAGACCGGCCUAUGGGCAAAGAUGUCGUGAACCGCUUGAAGCGCUUCCCGAAACAGGUUAGAAUGAAAACUUUGAAACUGCUAGCAUCUUUCCUGGGGCAUGAGCUCUAG